GCGUGACGUAUAUGGCGGAAAGCCUUGUUUCAUCAUCUGUAAGCCUCUCCCUCUCUUACAGUGUGUCCGCGUUACUACAUCCUGUGUGGAGUUUCAGAAAACGAAGCGUGGAUUAAUUUUUUUUUAACCUCGGGGUAUUUCUCUUGAAGAUUUGACCCAAUGACAACAGAUGAUGAGCCAUAAAUGAAACUCAAGAAAUCCUGAUUUUUGUCGUCUGGCACCACCCCAUCUGGCACCACCCCAUCUGGCACCACCCCAUCUGGCACCACCCCAUCUGGCACCACCCCAUCUGGCACCACCCCCUCAACUUUUUUCCCCUCUCUGUCCUUUUCUGCUUCUCUGUCCUUCACAAAUUGUCUUCAGAGUGAAGUCAUGGCUAACGCAGUGGACACCGGUUCCACCAACUCCAUGCGUCUGAAGCAGGAGAUCUCGCUGUUACAUGGAGUCUGUCUAAUUGUGGGCAAUAUGAUUGGCUCGGGCAUUUUCGUAUCGCCAAAGGGUGUGCUGCAGUACACAGGCUCCUUCGGCUUAUCGCUGGUGGUGUGGGCUAUCGGUGGCAUCUUCUCUGUGUUUGGUGCCCUCUGUUAUGCUGAACUCGGAACCACGAUCCGUAAGUCAGGUGCCAGCUAUUCCUACAUCCUCGAGGCCUUCGGCAGCUUCCUGGCGUUUAUUCGCCUGUGGACUUCACUGCUAAUCGUGGAGCCGGCAUGCCAGGCAGUCAUCGCUCUAACUUUCUCCAACUACCUGGUGCAGCCGUUCUACCCAACCUGCACAGCUCCAUAUUAUGCUGUGCGUCUCAUCGCAGCUCUUAUCAUUGCUCUGCUGACCUUUGUGAACUGUAUGAAGGUGAAGUGGGGGGCCAUCCUGCAGGUCAUCUCUACUUUUGCAAAAGUGCUGGCUCUCAUCAUUAUCAUCAUUGCUGGUUUGGUCGUCCUGGCCCAAGGUAAGAUAAAGAACUUUGAAGACUCAUUUAAGGACUCUAAACUGAAUCCUGGAGACAUGGCGUUGGCUCUGUAUGCUGCUCUGUAUUCAUACUCUGGCUGGGACACUCUAAACUAUAUUACCGAGGAGAUCAAAAACCCAGAGAGAAACCUGCCACUGUCUAUAGCCAUCUCCAUGCCCGUUGUCACGGUUAUCUACCUCCUUACCAAUGUGGCCUAUUACGCAGUCAUGGAUGCAGACACCGUGCUGCAGAGUGAAGCAGUGGCUGUGACGUUUGCUGACAGUGUUCUUGGCUAUGCACGCUGGCUGAUCCCCCUGUCUGUGGCCAUCUCCUGCUAUGGCGGUCUCAACUCCUCCAUCAUUGCUGCCUCCAGGUUGUUCUUCGUAGGAUCUCGGGAGGGUCAUUUGCCCAACGUUCUGUCCAUGAUACAUGUGAAGCGCUACACACCAAUCCCAGCCUUGCUGUUCAACGGUGGCAUGAGCCUGCUUUACCUGUUGGUUCGAGAUGUAUUCCAGCUCAUUAAUUAUUUUAGCUUUAAUUACUGGCUGUUCAUUGGCCUGUCCAUUGCCAGUCAGAUCUACCUGCGCAUAAAGGCUCCUGAGAUGCCUCGUCCUGUAAAGCUCAGCCUGUUCUUCCCCAUAGUGUACUGCAUGUGUAGCGUGUUUCUGGUGGUGGUGCCACUCUACAGUGACACUAUAAACUCUCUGGUGGGCAUUGCGGUGGCUCUCUCCGGCGCUCCAGUCUACUACCUCUUCAUGUACUUGCCUCCCAGCUCCAGACCUGCCUUCUUAAGCAGAAUGUUUGAUAAGAUCUCACUGUUCACCCAGAAGUUGUGUUACUGCUGUAUAGCAGAUCCAGGCCUUGACCUCGACAGUCUAACUGAAGAGGGCAAAUCGAAAUGACCAUGAACUGAAAAUUCUGCUCCAGCCAAAUCUUGGAACCAGGAUUUGGGGAAUUGUAAUCAGACUGGCGUUUUUUUUUUUUUUUCUUUCUUUCUUUUUUUUUUUUUUUUUUUAUAUAAAUAUGCUUAUUUGUAUUUAAUAUAUACAUUUUUAUUUUUAUUUUUUUUUACAAGUUUUUAGUUUAGCUGUGUCAUUUGUGAUUUUUGACGGUUUGCUACAGUGAUCAGAGAGAGGCCUGAAAAAAUCUAGGUGAACUUUUCCCUGUGUGUAUUUGCGAGCCUUUGUCUUUUGAGCCAGUAGGAAGUAAGUGGGCAGGAUUGUGGUCUCUCUCAUCAGUAAAAAAUGGAGCUGUUUAAUUAAAGCAGAUUUUUCUUUACUGUUUGUAUACAGUUGCUUGGCACACAUUGACAGAGAAUAGCUUUAGUCAAUUUAGUCAAUUGUCUUUUCACAGACAUAGGAUUUUUGUGGAAAUUCUAUUUUUGAUGUCUAGGAUUUGUUCUUAAUAAUAAUGAUGGUGUGUUUGUGUGUGUUUUUUUUUUUUUUUUUUUUUUUUUUUUUUAAUAAUGUAGUCUUUGAUAUAAUAUGUGCUAGCCUUGGAAAAAUAUUGGCACAAGUAAAUGAAGGGUUAUAUUUGUUUGAUGGCUAGACUAGAUAGGGCCUUUUCCCCCCUUACACUGAGUUUUGUAUAUCCAGGCAACAAUCAUACAUUCAUUGGUGUUUUUCGUUUGUUUGUUCAUUUUUCACUGUGGCCUUAUAGGCUUCUAUAGAUUAUGGCCUUUGACAUGGAGCUUUUUCCAAUAUUUGCCAAAUUUGAUUCUAUUAUAUAUUUUAUUUAUGCUUUUUUUUUUUUUGUCUAGAUUACAUGGAUUAUUGCAUUUCAUGCACUGUGACCUUUGAAUAGAGAGACAACCUAUGCAUGAAAUGGAUAAUUGCUUAUUUCUGUAGCAUUUUAGUAAGAAUAGUCCCUCCAGUCCUUAUUGUUUACAUUAGAAACGUCUUGAGAUUCAGUUUUAGAGAUUCAGGCAGUUUCACGCUGAACUCUUUUCACACUGUGUCUGUGGGGAAAGGGUACAGUAAUAGUUUUCAUGCACUGCUUUCUAAGAAAGGGGCAGAGCCCAUCUGUUCUAGCUCAGGGCAGAGUUUACGUCCAGUCCGGAAAAAUGCACACAGAUACCUGAAGUGAAGAAACUAUAAAUAUCAGAUGCAAUAUUUCAAAUCAUAGAUUUUGUAGGUAACUGUAACCUGUUAUGAUUAUUAUAUGUCAAUCACUUUAUGGUACAAGGACACAUUAAUAGCUCUUUUAGUGCUGGAUUUCAGGACACAGCAGUCUAGACUCAGGCUAAAUUACAAGCUGUUUUAUUGUGCGCACUCCAAUUUCUUUUGUACUUAGCCAAAGCUUAAGAUUACGGUCCUGUUCCUAAAGAACAUUUUUCAUUACAACGCGUCUAUUUCAGAUUAUAAUAGGAUUUAGGAUCAUGUGAUUAUCAAAUCUGGGUGUUUUUCUUGUAUGUUGUAUUCUGCAUUCACACUUGAACCAAAAAAAAAGUUGUUGAUUUUAGAUGUUCUGUGAAAUGUUACUGCUUUGCUUUGUCUUUCACCCAAAUUCUCAGCACCGACUUCUGCAAACCAGCAAAUUUAAUUUGAUCUUAAUUUGAACACUUUAGGCAUAUGUCAUUUACAGAGAAAUUUUGGGAGAUGUCCUGUUUCCACACCCGAGUACUGUAAUAUUAUCACAUGUACCUUAUUCACAUAUGAAUAUUUUUGUGAUGUUUAUACAUUGUUAGUCUGUAUAUGUAUAUUGUAUCCAUGUAUAACAUAUUUCUGCUUUGUCUAGGCUACAUUUGUCUCUGGGUAACUUUCUAUAUGAACAUUUAUUGUGAGUGUGUGUGAUUAUCUUACCAGUCUUACCUGUUCUGCCAUAUGCUGGUCUUGUUCAUAAGAAUUUUGCUUCUAUGCAUUUUUAAAAAAAAUAUAUUAUUAUUAUAUUAUUAUUAACAUUU